AUGCCUAAGCCGUUCAUCGGAGAAAAUGAAGGGGAAUCCGAUUUCAAGACUGCUUCCUCCAUCGGUGGGAAAGCCUUUGAUGAAUCAUGCGAAACUUGGCGGCCGGAUAGCCCUUGCUUUCUGUUAGAUGAAGCUGAUUUAGAUGAUUCAAUGGUCAGCGCUUUAUACCUGACUGGUAUCAAAAGCUAG